UGACGUUUCAUAUAUAAAUCAGAAAAUAUGUUUUAGCUUUCUUACGUUCAAUUUGGCUCCUAAAAAUUAUUGUGUGUGGAAUAUACAAAAGAGUGCAAUGCUUUAGCUAACAUACAUCAUAAACAAAAUAGUAUGAUUGUUAAAAUUUUAGAAUGGCCUCGAAUUGCAAAGAAAAGAUUAAGAAGUAUAAAAAUGCAGAAAAUAAAAAAUGCAAAUUUAGUUUCUCUUCUUCCUCAACCGAGUUAAAUAAAAGCAAAACAGGGAGUUGCCCUAUUGAACCAACUUCAUUAAGCAACAUAAAAUAUCCGAAACAGUUUCUUCAUGUCGAGAGAAGGAAUUAUAGCUUACAACUUGUUCAAUUUCCGGUAGAGAUUUUAAAAGGAAUACACAGCCUCAAAUUCUCCCAAACUCUCGGAUUCUAUGUAUGUGGUUACGGAAAUGGAGAUAUAGAGAUGAGGGAAGAAAUGUCAAACAGACUUUUGGCCAAAACAACAUUGUCUCUUGAUGGUCAGGAUCCAGUCGUUAGCUUAUGUUUCCAUCCGAAACUGUCUCACUUUCUUUUCGCUGCUUGUUCUUACGGAAAAAUACACUUGAUCAAAACGCAUUCGUUCACCGGUAAACUGCUUUUUGAACAAAAAAAAAACGAACUACAUUCAAUUGAUGUGAGUUCAACUGGUAAUUUACUAUUUAGUGGCGGAAAAGAUGGCCAAAUUCGGGUGUACGAUGUACAAGCAGAAAAGGUGGUUCGAAAGUUCGAAGGACAUCGUUUUAGGGUGUUUUGUGUGAAAUAUGACUUUCAUACUAAUUUAGUAAUCUCCGGAGGUUGGGAUAAGUUUGUUAAGAUAUGGGAUUUGCGUGAGCAAAACGCAAUUAAGACCAUAAAGGGGCCAUACAUCUGUGGUGAUGCUAUAGAUAUGCGAGGCUCCAUUAUCCUUACUGGUUCAUGGGUGGAAACAGACAGCAUUCAAUUAUGGGAUUUCGGGACAUCAAAAUUACUUCAUACUUUUCGAGCAACGAACCGUCAUAGACACUUUAUUGGUGAAUAUGUAUACUGCUGCAAAUUCCUCCAAACGGAUACUGAUGCAGAAAAAAUUUUAGUAGGGGGAACAGAUGCACUGGAGGUUCUAAACUGGAAGAAGAGAAAAAUUACAGAAAGGUUAGAGGUGCCGAAAACAGUUCAAACUUUGGACGACAAACAGACAAGUGUCAUAUUCGGAGGAAUGGAGCCUUUGCUACGGAUUGCUAAAUUUAAGGAACUAUAAUUGUUCCUAUGAGAAUAAAAAAAAAUCAGAUAGAUUAGCAUUAGAAAAAGACCACUGAAUUCUGUCUUCCUGUGUCAGCAACUAUUACAUUAAAAUAAGUUUAAUAAAAUUUAUGCAAGUA